AUGUGAUCCCACACAAAGCACGAAAAGCUGAGAAACCGCCGACCUCAGGGUUCAAGAGAACUCUUCUCUGCCUCUCUUUGUCUGUACAUAUUGGAAGAUAACACAAAAAAUGGCGAAAGGGGAUGAUGCAGUGAUGAGAAAGAAGAACAAAGCAAAAAGAAAGAAACUGAAUGGAGAAAACUCUAAUGUUUCAUCUCGGGUUGCUUCCAUUAUCGCCGCCAAGAAGCGCCGCCAGUCUGGUAAACGCCGAAUCUGUCAGGGAAUGUGUUUCAGCCUUCCUACUCCUGAUGAUCCAUUCAAUGAGCGGCAUGGUAAAAUGGAUUUUAAAGUAAAAGAUAAGAAAAAGAUUGUUCCAGCCCAAGUGAGUAGGGGAGUAUUUGCUAGGGGAAAGAAUGCUCAUCUGAGUAAAGACACCCUUUGUAGGAAUAAUAGAGAGAUAGAUCAUCUAGAACAGAAAAAUGAGAAGCUUUUGCAUCUGAGAAGUGAAAUAAAAAAUCCAAUCAUUUCAAAUGAUAAUUUAGGUCACAAAAACCCUGUUGAUAGUGAAACCACCAAGAUUCAACUGAAUCGGAAAGAUUGUAAUCAUCAACGACAGGAUUGCGGAAACUCAGAUUGCCCAUCGAAGUUUUUUGCGUUGUGCUUGAAUGCAAUAGAGAAAGCAUUGCAUCUUGGCGAUGCCUAUAAUAAUGAAGACAAACCUUUGUUCGUUAACCCUUGGGGACUUGAAUUUUUGAAAUGCUAUUCAACUGGGAAAGAUAUACUGGACACAAGCGGAUCUUCUUGUACAAUUGAGCAAAUUGCAUGGAUGGUUUCUGUUGCUGCUGAUACUAUUGCAAGCAAAGAGAAAGAAGGUCUAUGGUUUGCUAGUCCAUUUCUUCUAUUCCUUGUACCAUCCCAAGAAAAAGCUACCAAGGUACGUCUAGUUUGCAAACCGUUAAAAGAUCUUGGUAUACAUACUGUGAGUUUACAUCCGGGUGCCACUUUGGAUCAUCAGAUUCGUGGUCUGAAGAGUUGUGAACCUGAGUUUCUUGUGUCCACACCCGAGAGGCUUGUGGAGCUUCUUUCCUUGAAGGCCAUUGAUAUAUCUGGGGUCUCCUUCUUGGUUGUUGAUGGAUUGGAUUGUCUUCAUCAAGAUGGUUACCUUGGUACUCUAAAAUCCAUCAGGCAAUGUAUUUUUGGGAAUCCUAACACUGUGGUUUUCAACAAUUUCUUUAGUUAUGCUUGUGUUCCGGCUAUGCAAAAUCUUCUCUCAGGACCAAUUCAGAGAUUGUGUCUCAGUGAUUCCAUUUGCAGUCAAAGUGCAUGCAUUGUCCAAACCAUAGAUGUUUGCUUUUCUGAAGAAGAAAAACUUUCGAAGGGCCUCCAAAUUCUGCAUGAUACUUUUGAAGAUUCACUGUGCUCCCAUACUUUAAAGGUUUUAUACAUAGUUGGAGGAGAUGGCAAGUCUGCUAAUUUAGUUAAGAUCCUUGAAAGCAAUGGUUAUUCUGUUUCAACUGGCUCCAAUUGUGAUAUUCCAGAUGUCAAUAGCAGCCCUGAUUCAGAUUGUGGAACAAAACCCACAAUCUCCAUGAUAAAUGCAGAGCAAAUCAGCACUGCUGAUUUAGGCAUCUAUGAGAUCGUAAUUUUAACCAAUAUUGUUCUCUCCAUUGACACUUAUGUACAAAUUCUCACAAGAAUGGCUCGGCACACUACCCAUGGUGUUUUGCAUAGCUUUUUGACUGAAGAAGAUGCACUACUUGCUGGAUCAUUGGUUGAAAUUCUUGAACAGUGUGGGCAGGCUGUGCCCGAAGCUCUCAGAACAUUGCAUAUUAGAUCAUCCAUGUUAGAAUCAUGAAAUUUCUUCCUUUCUUUUUUUUUUCUUUUUUUUUUCUCUCUCUUUUUUCGUAACUUUAUAUUCCUCCCCCACCCGAAAGUUUCCUUCCCAUUCCUUCUACAUCCAAAGAUUUCUCAACCAGAAACAAGUGAUUGAAAUUGUCAGUUCAAUAUUUCUGUGCUUGAAUCUCUUGCAAAUGGUGCAAUGAUGAUGGGUUCUACAAUACAAAGCAUUCUUUUUAUUGGUGCUGAAGAAAAUACAGAGAACAGCCUGAAUCAAGUAGAGUCUGGCCAGUGUUACUGAGAACUCCUGAACUGGGAUCCUUGAUCACUGGUAAUGAUAAUUAUCGACACCCAUAAUAAAAAUUCAUUUAGUUGGCUUUUAUUCUUGGUGGAUACCAAACUGCAUAUGUUAGAAAGUUCUGUUUGUUGUAAUUUUGCCACACACAUUUCUUCAUGUUCUGAAAAAUUUUGGUUGACCCUUUCCCUCUAGCUUUGUCAUUUAUUAUGUUUCUUCAAUUUUCAGGUCUAGCAGUAGAGAGCUUGAUGAACUCAAAAAAAAUAGAAAUGAAAAUUCUUAUGGAAAAACUUGUACCUUUUAAGACGAACAUCUGGGUUUUAUCAAGUGUAUGGAUUGAAUUUAGAGGCAAGAUUUUUCCCGAUUUUUAAACUGACA